AUGGAAGUGAGCGAGCACUCAUUGGUCAUUAACGCCAUCCAACCCCUAGACCCUGCCAGGCGCUGCUACCGCAUGAUUGGAGGUGUGCUCGUUGAGAGGAACAUCAAGGAGGUCCUACCAGCCGUGCAGCGUAACAAAGAAGGGAUCGAGGAAGUCAUCGCCAGGCUGAACGAAGCCUUGGAAAAGAAGAAGAAGGAGAUCGCCGACUUUGAAGCGAAGUACAAGAUCAGGAUUAGGAAAGGUGAUAGUGACAUGAAGGAUGAAGAAGGUAGCAAGAAGGAUGGCGGCUCUCAAGGCGUCCUCGUGGGCCCUGCCGGAUCGGCCGAAUAA